AGUGGGUCAUUACUGCACAAAAAAAUGAGUUUUUGGUUUCAUGUAAGCAGUAAUGACAAGAGGAAGAGGUUUUACCACAGGUGCUAUAGAAUUCACAGUUCACACUAUAUGUAAAGACAGUGUAAGGACACAAACAUGAACAUUGAAACUUGUGAAGGUAUAUAAAUGGUGAAAAGCAAGAUUUGAAUAAUAUAGAUGUAGUAAACUUUUGUCUCAGCAUUUUACUCUACUGCUUUAGCUAACUUAUCACAACUGUCAAUAACCAAUCAGAAGAAAGGGGUGGAUUUACAACUGGGGUAAUUUACCUAAAGCACACAAUGACAAACUCACUUUUGUGAGUCACAUCAUUAUCCAGAACAAAUUAGACGGACUGUGAACCUCUUCUCAGGAAAAUGAUUGAAUCUUCCACAACGCUGCCACGGAAUGACAGCAAUACAAGCCAAACUUGUGAUGUGUUCAUUUACAAGGAAUCUGCUCGGAUCCUCUUUCCCAUUUUCUACUCCCUGGUCUCAUUGUCAGUGUUGCAGGCAACAGCCUGGUUCUUGGCAUCAUCUGUCGAAAGAAACAGAAAAUGAACUCGACCACGAUAUACCUAAUCAACCUGGCCAUCUCUGACACGCUCUUCACCUUGGCUCUGCCCGGCAGGAUCACUUACUACAUCCGUGGCUUCGACUGGCCUUUUGGAGAUCUCUUGUGCAGGCUGACCGCCAUGAUCUUCUACAGCAACACCUACGCUGGCAUUGCCUUCAUGACUUGUAUCAGUGUGGAUCGCUACUUGGCCAUGUUGCACCGUCAGAGAUGUUUAAGAUUGAGGAAAACCAAGGUUGUGAAAAAGAUCUGCGCUCUGGUAUGGACGGUGGUUAUUCUUGAGACUUCCGUGCUACUUUUCAAAAGCACCUUUGAAGAAAGAUCACCGACGCAUCGGACAUGCAUGGAACUCUUUAAUUUUGAAGGACCCCGAACGGCAUAUUUUCUUCUGGUUGCUUGCGUCAUUGGUUUUUUUGUGCCUUUGGGACUCAUCGUGCGCUGCUACAGCCAGGUCAACUCUAAGCUUUCCAGGAUAGCUAAAGAGAACCCGAUGACCAACAGGUCUGGAAGCAGCGGUAGAGCCAGAAAUACGAUUCUGCUCAUACUUUUCAGCUUUGUGGUGUGCUUUAUUCCCUACCACAUUAACAUCAUGCAGUUUGCAGUCAGAAGUCUGAUUAAUGAUCCCACUUGCGAGGAUAAGAAGAAUAUGAAAAUGUCCCUGCAGGUAACCUUUGCCAUGAUGAACUUUAACUGCUGCCUUGACCCUGUCAUUUACUUUUUUGCCAUCAAAACCUACAAGCAGAGAGUGAUAAGCCUUUUUAAGACCUACAUUUCAACCCCAUCUUCCAAAAGCACACAGGACAACAGCAGCAGUAACACAUGAGUGCCAACGUUACUUAAAUGAAAAAGAGUCGAGUGAAAAGCGCUGCAGAUAUGUAAAGGAGUGCCUGGACUAGAUUUUUUAGGGUGAAAAAAUAUGAGUAUUUUAAUAGCUUUACUUUUAUUUUUUCGCAAAAAAUAUGUUACUGUUAAUGAUGUAUAUCAUCUCAUCUCAUUUGUUUUGUUUUAUUUUUAUUACAAUUUAUUGGUAAUUGUUUUUUGAGAUACUGACAAUUCUGUUUGUAUAUAGAGUGUACAGUUUAUAUGAAUUUGUCAAAUGAUCAAUGCUAUGGGUUGUUUUAACCCAGUUGGUUAAAUAUCUGACGGUACCAACAGUUGAGUUCUUUUGUUUAUGUAACAUAAAAAUUUUUGAAUGAUUAAUUUGUUAUCAGUUUCUGAUAACUUGGUGCUGGCAUUACUUUCAGAGAUCAAAAAAUUUGAUGGAAAAAUCCCACAUAAAGGUCAAUAAGACUAAACCGAUUUACAAUUCCGAGUAAAAUGACUGAUUGUGUAGGUGUAUGAUUGACAUUUCUGCAGGGUGCUGUGGGAAAACUGCUUACAUUAGUUUUGUGUAAUAUUAGUGUGUAACCCAAUGGGGUUUUCCUUGUAAUGUUUAUGCAGCUCAAACUUUGUAAGUCACUUUCACCCUGACUGAAUACCAAUUAAAGAUCAUCAGUUUGAUCACUGAAUCAGUUUGUUGUGUUUAUUCUUUCAUCAGCUUUUUCUAUAGCUGCCUACCUAAUUUGGCCUUUACUUAUUACCAUUGGGGAAAACGCAACUAUACAUCACAACAAGAUACUACUUAAUCAGAAUCA